AUGUCAAUAUCUAGACAGAUUUCAGCAAGAUCAUGGCCAAAUUUUAGCGAACGUGAUGGGUCAAUGAUUGGGUUCAAGAUAGCACCUUGUGGCGGAGUUUUGAGGGAUAAAAAUGCUAAACUAAAUUGCUUUAUCAUGUCAGCUGAAUUCAAGAAGAAAACUGAACUAAAUUGCUUUAUCAUGUCAGAUGAAUUCAAGAUGAAAACUGAUGAAUACGCACUGCAGAGAAUCAAAUCCAAUGCACGCAAGAUACAAGUUAUAAUUAUAAACUACCCGUGUGAUGGAGCACGGUGUAUAAUGAUAACAAGAGAAAAACUUGGAUCAAAACCCCGAAUAAAAACCCCACACCACAAACAAGGUUUAAACCAGAUUAGAAGGCAACUAAAGGUCGUCCAAUACAAUUCCCACAUGGCUGCACAGUCCCGUGAAAACAAAACAUUGACGGACCCAUAUGUCCAAAAAUCAAUUACAAGACAAUUUGAUAAAAGACACUCACGGAUCUUUAAAAGUAUUUGCCUAUUUCACAAUUAA